CUGAGUACGGGUUCCCCUCGCAUCAGUGCAAGUCAAGGCACAUAGCAGAAGCCACCGCCUGGAGGCAAAGACGCAUGGAACUGAAUCUGCUGUGCUGGAGACCAAGAAGAAGUGGAGUGCUAAUCCUGUGUAUCCCUGAGAGCAGUCAAGUUUACACUGGUGCAUACCGACUCGCUGCACUGCAAGUCCUUUUCUCCCCCCUAUGCAACUGUUGCGCGUCUCCACUUUGGAUAGAAAUAGUUUGAUCACUGCGCGCCGCAGAGCGCAAAGGAUCUGAGGCUUUGGUUUUGAAAUAGUUUGGAGAGACCUCUCCUCAGGACUGCAGCAGCUACGAUGAGGAAACUCUGAGGUGGCAGUUAUCUCCGUCCGCUUUAUGCUUCCUUUGGCUCUUACCAAAGGUUAGCCCAUGUGCAGGUAUCCCCUUGAGUGUGAUUCUGUUUUCACCCAGAUCUCUGCUGCCUGGACAAAUGCAUACAAAUGCAUUUAGGAGCUCAACGGACAAGGAGUGGACACGUUUCCGCGGCAGCAACGUGGAACUUUCUCCUGCUCCUGUCAGUAUGCUCAGCAGCACCCUCUGGAGAAGAAGAUUACCUAGCUCAAGGAGUGGAUAUCCUUUAUCGAUUGGGGCUUACAACUCAAAGCCGCACAGACGAUCCCUACGAAAGGACAAGCUCACAGCCUCCCACUUAUGCAAAUGUUCCCUCACCUUUCGAUGGCCCCUUUUCUGGAUAUGGGGCGUUGCUCGACUCAAACUCCCUCUAUGAGGCUCCAGUGCCCAAUCUAUUCCCUUCAGAGUUUGGCGAAGAGUUCUCCGUUAUAGUUAGCCUAAGCUCCUGGCGAGCAAACAAUGCAUUUCUUUUUAGUAUCAAGGACGGGAUGGACCGGUUGCGUUUUGGCAUUCAGUUGCUGCCACGCAGAGUGGUGGUUUAUACUGCAGAGAAAGCCUCCAUCUACUUCAACUACAAUUGGCAGGAUGGGCGCCUGCACCCUUUUGCUGUUGGGGUUCGUGCACGUUCAGUGUCCUUCUAUGCAAAUUGUGGAGGGGUGCAGCAGUGGGAGCAAACCCUGGGGAGAUCUCAAACACUGGGGCAAUCUGGGGGUGUCUUCACUCUGGGAAGGAUGAACUCCAAGGCGGCACCAUUUAGUGGUCGAGUCUGCCAACUGGAUAUCUAUCCCUCAGCUCAAGCUGCCGCGCACUACUGCAAAUAUCUUAAAAAACAGUGCCGGCUGGCCGACACUUACCGAUUACAUUUCCCACAUUCUGAUUCGGAUAUUGUGGUGAAUGACCCCCCUUCUAGCCAUUUGACAAAGUCUCUUCUUGGAGUAGCAGCUACUCAAAAUACACCCGUCAGAUCCACAGCAGCCAUUAAACUAUCCCCAGAUCGUUUGGUCACGCAACAUUCAACUCUGAGCGCACCAAUACGACGUCAUCUGGGGGACCAAGAAAACAUUUCCACAUUGGAACCAUUAUCCCACUCUGCCACAUCAUCACUCCAGCUUUAUAGCCCCACCGUAACUACGCCAAGUAGUCAAGCAGCUCUGGGUCUUGCCUAUAGCACAACAACCACCACUACCAAAAAUGUGUUGGCUAAAGACACUAGGCCCCAGGGGGACACGGAACACUCUGAAAACAGCACAGAAGAAGAGAGAAAUUCCAGAAAACAGCCAAGUCCGGAUGCCACUACAGGUGUUGUUUCCCUGGUCAGACAGAGCCAACUAAAGGAAGAACUCAGGAACAACUCCAUCACAAGCUCUAGGGACUCUGGCUCCACAACCCAUCAUUUCCCAGAGACUCAUCUGAGAGCCAACAGCACUACUUUGUACAGGGAGAAUCAGGUGGACACCUCAGAGCAGCAUGAUUUGGAUGGCAGCUAUGAUGACGUAGACAUGGGAGAGUACGAUUAUGGAUACGAGGAGCCAGAGUUCUUCUAUGACUACCAAGAUGGUUUACGUGGCCCCAAAGGAGAGCCGGGUCCUCCGGGUCCUCCUGGUCCCCCUGGUUUACCUGGUCCUCCAGGAAAAAGAGGCUCUCGGGGUCCCCCUGGUCCACAUGGAAACCCAGGACAGCCUGGACCACCUGGACCCAAGGGUUCAAAGGGAGACCCUGGGCUGUCUCCAGGUCAGGCUCCACCGGGAGAGAAGGGUGAUAGAGGACCUCCAGGUCGUCCUGGACCCAAUGGAUUUCCAGGCUUACUGGGUCCUAAAGGUUAUCUGGGUCCACCUGGACCACCAGGAGAACAAGGCAUACCAGGACUUCCUGGGGAAGCUGGAGCUGCAGGUUACCCUGGCAGGCAGGGCUCAGCCGGGCCACAAGGUAGCCCUGGGCCUAAAGGUGUUCGUGGUUUCAUUGGGCCUCCGGGCGAUGCUGGCCCACCCGGGCUGGAAGGGGAGAAAGGCAUACCUGGACCUGCUGGAAGACCUGGCCCCAAAGGAAGACAUGGUGUCAUGGGCGAUGCUGGGGAGAGGGGGCCUCCUGGUCCAGAUGGAAAUGAGGGCCCCGUUGGUGGGACUGGCAUAAGUGGCUUUCCUGGUCUGAGGGGAGACCCAGGGCCCGAGGGACCACGAGGACUGCCUGGUAUGGUGGGACCUCAGGGCCCAACAGGACGAGCCGGCCUGCCUGGAUUGAAAGGUGAUAAGGGUGAAACCGGACAAAGGGGCGAGCCAGGAGAGAUGGGGUACCAGGGGGAUAAGGGUGCUGCUGGUGCACCUGGUCUUCCUGGGCCCAGAGGGAAACCAGGGCCACCGGGUAAAAUUGGAGAAAUGGGUGUGCCUGGACCACCUGGGCCUCCAGGACCAGAGGUGUUAUGCAGAAUGUCUCACCUGCACAUUGUUAAUACUGCAAAGUAUGUGAAACACAUGGACAAUGUCAAAGUCAAGCUGCCCAGGAGUGCUACGUCAUCAAAGGGGUUUCCUGGGGACAUUGGAGCACCGGGCCCAAACGGACCACUUGGUCCAAAGGGUUUGCAGGGUGAGAGAGGACCCCAGGGUCCGCCAGGGCCUAAAGGAAUACAGGGCGACGAAGGACCACUCGGCCCACCCGGCAGGCCUGGCCCUACUGGGAGACCUGGAAGGAAAGGCCACAUAGGUGAACCUGGCUCCGAGGGUUUACAGGGAGAGAAAGGGGACAUAGGAAAUAUUGGAAAAGUUGGACCACAAGGUCCAGCAGGCCUGAUUGGGAUAGCUGGGGUGAUAGGGGUUCCUGGUGAAAAGGGUGACCGGGGACCACCAGGUCCAACAGGUCCAGCCGGAGAGAAGGGGCCCAGGGGUUAUCCAGGGUUGCCAGGAAGCCCAGGGGACAUCGGCAUGCAAGGUGCACCUGGUCCACCGGGACCGAGGGGUAGUCCAGGCAUUGCUGGGCCAAAGGGUAGAAGGGGGCCCCGAGGUCCAGAUGGCCCACCGGGAGAACUGGGUCCUGAGGGCAUCAAGGGUGAAAAGGGGGAGAUCGGACCUAAAGGAGAGCCAGGCUUCAUAGGCAAGGCUGGAAAUUCAGGAGAGAGAGGCCCUCCUGGGAAGGCUGGAAAACCAGGUAUUCCAGGCAGCACCGGGGAGAGGGGAGCCCAAGGUGAACCAGGACCCAGAGGACCUCCUGGAGAGGCUGGACCUGAUGGAGAACAAGGGCCUGAAGGUUUACCAGGUUUAGAGGGAGAACCAGGUGCCAUUGGAGAGCCAGGGGCAAAGGGUGAUGUUGGGCCUCCAGGAGCUGAAGGGGAGCAGGGGCAGGAGGGAAUGAGAGGUCCUCCCGGUCCCCCUGGUGAAGACGGACCUCAGGGAAAAGAUGGAGCCAAGGGUGAACCUGGAGAGCGUGGGCCUUUUGGGGAGUCAGGGGAGAAAGGGACGGAAGGGGAUCCUGGACCCCUGGGGCCACCCGGAGAGCCUGGGAAACAGGGCUUCCGCGGUCCAGAAGGAAAAGUGGGUCCCCCAGGAAACAGAGGACGGCACGGAAAGAAAGGAGAGAGGGGUCCUCCUGGUCUUGCUGGGGAGAUUGGCACUCGGGGAGACAUCGGCCAGCCGGGCGAGCCAGGACUGAAAGGUGCCAGGGGAACUCGAGGCCCACCUGGUCAGCCUGGAGUCAUGGGGAUAGAAGGGCAACCAGGACUUCCAGGAUACCAAGGGCACCCUGGAAAGCCUGGGCCUGUUGGCCCGCCAGGACCCAAAGGUGAAAAGGGUUACCCGGGCGAGGACAACAGGACCCCAGGACUGCCAGGGCCCUUAGGUGAACCAGGGCCUCCAGGGGAACGAGGAGAGCGUGGAGAGUCGGGGGAUGAAGGCUAUCAGGGCUAUAUCGGUACCCCUGGACCUCGUGGGGCUUCUGGACCACAAGGCCCACCGGGAUCUCCAGGCUCCCCCGGAGAACCAGGCCCAAAAGGAGAAAAAGGAGCUCCGGGUUUGGCUGGAAAGAAAGGUGCAAGAGGUCUGGUUGGAGCUCCCGGCAUUGAAGGGCCGACUGGUUUACCUGGGCUCACAGGAAUGAAGGGUUAUCCAGGCUCUGAUGGCCCCCCGGGACCGACUGGCUUAGCAGGACUUCCAGGAAAGCAAGGUCGACAGGGUCAGAGGGGCUCGGUGGGACUGGAAGGGCCUGCUGGACGGCCAGGUCCCAUGGGAGAACUUGGACUUCCUGGACCUUCUGGAGAAAGGGGACCGCCUGGUCACAAGGGAGAACCUGGCCUACCAGGAGACAGGGGGGCCCCUGGAAUCAAGGGCAUGAAGGGGGCUGCAGGUGACCAGGGAAAGAAAGGAGACCCAGGACCCAAAGGACAGCCUGGGGAAACUGGAGAUUUGGGCAUGAUUGGUUUACAGGGCUUACCAGGACCUAAGGGGCCAACUGGUGAUUUAGGACUGAGAGGUUUCCCUGGUCCUAAAGGUCCUAUCGGUACUUUGGGCUUCACUGGACCUCUAGGCCCUGAAGGAAAAAUGGGUCCAAUGGGACAACCUGGACCAAGGGGUCCAAAAGGAAACAGUGGUGAAAUGGGGCCUCAAGGACCACAGGGAAGCCCUGGACCCAGAGGACCCCCUGGCGCUCCUGGUCCAACAAGGGUGUUAUAUGACGACUUAGCACUCUACAGUCUAUCCGCCUCCAAUGGUGCCCUGAGGACAGAGAGUUUCCAGAACAUGGAGAUGAGCAUGCCAGACCAGAAUACGGAAGUACUUAAGACUCUACAGUAUUUGAGCAGUGUGAUCGAGAGCAUCAAACAGCCUCUCGGGACAAAGGAGAACCCAGCUCGUGUCUGCAAAGACCUGCUGGACUGCCAGCACAAGUUAAAAGACGGUUGGUUCUGGGUUGAUCCAAACCUGGGCUGUACGUCUGAUGCCUUCGAGGUGUUCUGCAACUUUACAGCAGGGGGACAGACUUGUUUACAUCCAGUGUCAACUGAUAAGAUGGUAUUUGACAUAGGAAAUGUCCAGAUGAAGUUUCUCCAUUUACUGAGCAGUGAGGCUAGCCAAAGCAUCACGUUUCACUGCCUGAGUUAUCAACCCUCCAGCACCGCAGACAGCUUCAGCUCCAAUGGACACAAAGAGAACACCAGGCUUCGGUUUCGUGGCUGGAACAAACAGAUGUUUGAGAAAGACACACUACUUGAACCACAUGUGCUACAAGAUGAGUGCAAGAUCCAAGAUGGCAGCUGGCACCAAUCACGAUUCCUCUUCCAUACUCAGGACAGUGGUCAGCUACCAAUUGUAGACAUAGAGGAAUUUCCCAUUUCACAAAUCAACAGUCAGCGACGCGUAGAAACCGGUCCAGUCUGCUUCCUCUGAUACCAACAUCCCUGUCAUCGAAGCCACUUUUAUAAACCACUUUAAUCCACAGACUUUUAAAAUUUCCUACCAAAGAGAUGCUAGCACAGCAAGGCAGACUGUAUCCCCGAGAGCUUGUUGCAUUUGCAGGAGAGCUUCAACAGGACUUACUGUGAGACUAACAAAAACCCAACAUCCAAUGGCAGGCAGCUCUACGUGGAAGAAAUCAGUCUCUGUGGAACACACGUGCCAAAGAGGACAGUGUAUACUGAUAUUUAUCUAAUCAAUGUGUAAAGUGUUUGUUUAAUUUUCACUCAAAAGGUGCUUAGGGCCACUGCAUAUGGACCCAUUUUACUUCCUGAUCACAGGGGUAGGGCCUCACAUUGCAGCAGCCUGUCCAAAACCCAAAACUUAAACCUGCCAUUCACUCAUGUUCCACCCCUUCAACUCCCAAACACACCAUCCUUAGCAGGGGUCGAACCCAAAGGAUCAUGCCAGGCCUCUGCAGAGGGCACUGUCUAACUAAAGGUGCAAUAGCAUAUGGAAAAUAUGUGUGCUUUAAAUAUUUCAUUGUCCAAUCAGAGGCUAUAUUUGAUAUUGUUUUUCAUGAUAUUUUGUCUUCGGUCCCAUCCAGUCGGACCUGUACAUCUUGACAGAUGGUACUCUACCUCUACCUGCUUUCAAAAAUAGUCAAGUUAGUCAUUUUUACCUUUGUUUUGUAUGUACCGGUUACAUCAGAAUUUGUUAUGUUGUUUGAAUGCUUAUGUUGAUUUGGUCACUUCUAAUUUAUGAACCAUGUUUUGAUACACAACAUAUUUUCAUAGCUUUUCCUACUAUGUGGUAGUUUCCUCAGGGGAAACCUAUCAUUGGUGCUGCAACGUUUCCUGUGUAUAUAUUGACAGCAUACUUUAAUGUUUAUUUAUAACCUGUCUUUUUUUUUUUUUUGGUUUGUUUUUUGAUUUAUUAUUAUGUUUGGUCACAUUACUGUACCACAGUAAGUUAUACUCUCAGAGAACUUGCUUACUUGGUCAACCACAGCUCGGUCUAGAGGAGUAUUUAUGUUUGAAAAGUGUGUGUGUGUGCAUGCACACCUGUGACUGUGUGUUCAUCAAACUGCUUUAUAAAUUCAUUCAGAAGUCAAAUGCAGCUACGGGAGGACAAAAUCAAAAAACACAGAAAACAGUCAUCAUACUCUUAAGUUAUGUUACCAUUAAUUAAGUGUAAUUAUAUAAAGUCUGUGGAGGAUAAAGUUGGAUGCAAAUGUGUAAAUAAAAAAUAAUUUUAGAAAUGAAUAAAUGGGACAUUUUAUCCACA